UUUGCGCUCUGUGUUGUGUAACUUUCCAUUGUAUUUCAAUAUUGGUAUUUAUCAAUAUUGUAUUGCAUGCACCCAGAUUUCUAGUGCGCUUUUAUUAUAACGAACUGAUCAAAUAUGAUCCAUCAGAUAGAAAAUUUAAGGAUUGGUGUCACAGAUCCGCUUCUAUUUAAAACAUCUGAAGCAUAUAAAAGAGCGAAAAACUUGGCUCUCAGCAGUCAUCGAGAUGUCGAAAAUGUUUUUUCUUCAGGAGUCCGUACAUUAGAUUUAGAUGCUGAGGGUCGUUACCUUUUAUCUGGAUGUUCCGAUGGCAGUAUUUACAUACAUGAUCUGUACAACUUCACUGGUUCUCCAAGUUUUACUGCAAAUUCUGUUCAGGUCAUUGACAGAAACCACCGUUUUGCUCACAAAUAUAGUACAGAAUGUGUUCAGUGGUACCCUCAAGAUUCUGGUCUCUUUGUCACUGGAAGCAUGGAUAAGAGCCUGAAGGUUUGGGACAGCAAUCGAAUGCGACCUGUUGAAACAGUGAAAUUUGUUGGACGCAUUUUUCAAGUUCACAUGUCAACCAAAGCCAUAUCAAAGUGUCUUGUAGCUGUUGCUGGCACAGAAAGCAUUGUGAGACUUGUUGAUCUAACUACAGGUUCUUGUACUCAUGAAUUACGUGGGCAUGAAAGUGCUGUACUAACAUGUCGCUGGUCACCUUGUGAAGAAUUUUUACUGACUACUGGAGGCUGUGACGGAAGAAUAAUAGUAUGGGAUGCCCGAUCAGGGAAGUCAGCUCUUCGAAUCCUUGACCAUAACAAUGGACAGGUCAACUACAAAAACAAAGGCAAGCUUAAAUCACAUGAGGUUGCUGUAAAUGGACUGUGCUUCACUGAGAAUGGCCAGAAUCUCAUAUCUUUAGGAUGGGAUGGCCGUGCCAAACUUUGGAAUAUGACUUCGGGGAAGAAAGAAGGAGUGGAAUAUAAGGCAAAGCCUUCAGAGAAGAGUAAGAGUGUUCAGUUUGAUGUGGCGGGUAGCUCUAGAAAAGAGUUAGUGUUUAUUCCCUCAGAUGGUAAAAUACUAGUUUAUGAAGUGCAGACAGGAGAGUUGGUGAGAACAUUGAGAGGACAUUAUAAUGAAGUUAAUUCUUGCAAAUUUAAUACUUUGUAUCAAGAGCUAUACAGUGGGGCUCAUGAUCGAAAUAUUUUGAUCUGGACUCCAGAUUUGUUGCAAGAAGCUGCUUAUAAAGAUCAUGUUAACAUUCAGAGUGUGAGUACCAAUAGUUCUGUGCGACCUGUGGGUGAGGUAACCCAGGAUGUAUGGAGUAGUGAUGAAGGAGACUGAUUAAAAUUAUUAAUUUACUUGUA